GGGAUGUCAUCAAAUCCAUCUUACCCAGGGAAGCAAAAAGCAGAAUUAUAGUUACCACGGCUCUCCAGUCAGUAGCUAAUGCUUGCAGCUCAGGUGACGGUUAUGUUUACAAGAUGAGCAUUCUUAACGCAGAGCACUCCAAGGUUUUGCUAAUGAAGAAGAUUUUCUUCCAAGGAUGUUCACCUGAACUGGAGUGGGGUUCAACAGCAAUUGUGGAGAAGUGUGACGGCCUUCCACUUGCUCUUGUGUGUAUGGCCAAGUUUUUGCUAGGCGAGAAUGAGCUUACGGGAAGUCACUGUGCGCGAGUUUGCCACAACCUCGGGCAUCAUAUGGAGAAGGAGGCAGACUUCACAAAAUUGCAACAGGUUCUUGUAAAUAACUACAGCAGCCUGUCUGGUUAUCCUCUGAGGACCUCCUUGCUAUACACGAGUGUGUUCCCAAAUGGUCGCCCAAUCAGGAGGAAUACUUUAAUCAGGCGAUGGCUAGCUGAAGGGUAUGUCCAGUGUCAAUAUAAACGCAGUGAUCUGGAGGUAGCAGAUGAAAACUUCCGGGAACUUAUUGACCGGAAUAUCAUCCGGCCGAUCGAUGCUAGCAACAAUGCAAAAGUGAAGACGUGCAGAACUCAUGGAAUCAUGCACGAGUUCAUGCUGCACAAGUCAAUGUCUGAUAACUUCAUCACAUCUCUUCAUGAUCACAAUCGGAGUAAUUUUCGUCACCUGUUCAUCCAAAACCAUGCAAGUGGCAGCACCUUGAGCUCAAACCAGCGUACAAGUCCAGCAAGCGAUGAUGCAGCUGGCAGUGAGAAAUUCCGCGCCCGGUCUCUGACCAUCUCUGGGGAUGCGGGAGAAGCUGCUUCUGAGUUUUGCAGGUGCGAGCUGCUGCGAGUGUUGGAUCUGGAAGAAUGCAAUGAUUUGGAGGACAGUCAUCUCAAGGACAUACAUAAGCUGUGGCAUCUAAAAUAUCUGAGCCUUGGGGGCACUAUCAGCAACCUUCCGAAGAAAAUUGACAAGCUACACUGUUUAGAGACCCUGGAUCUGAGGAAGACAAAGAUAGAGAUAUUGCCGGUGGAAGUCAUUGGGUUGCCUCACCUAGCCUACCUGUUUGGAAAGUUUAAGUUUGGGAAAAAGGACUUGAGAAAGAGCGAAAUAGCGGAGUUCUCGCAAAGAAAAAGUAAGUUGAAGUCUCUUGCAGGAUUUUAUGCAGAUGGAAACCCUGGGUUUCUACAACUGAUGGCUCAUAUGAAAAAACUGAAAAAGGUUAAGAUAUGGUGUGAAUCCACUGGCGCAGACAACAGAGGCUUGCCUCACGUUUCAAAGGCAGUUCAGAAGUUUGCUCAGGAUGGCAUGGACACAACCGGCGUUCGUUCUCUGUCACUCAAUCUUGGGAAUACCAUGGGUGACUUCCUGGGUUCUAUUCAAGAAUAUUGUUAUCUUAGCUCGCUGAAACUGCACGGCCGGCUUAGUGUAUUGCCUCAGUUUGUUACAUCCCUGUGUGGCCUCACGGAGUUGUGCCUUUCAUCGACUAAUCUGAUGGGGCAUGAUCUAUCGAACCUGCGCAAGCUGCGCUACUUGCUUUACCUCAAGCUGGUUGAGGAUGACCUUGGGAGCUUCACCAUAGACAAUGGGGACUUCCCAAGCCUGCAACGCCUAUGCCUUGUGGUGAAAAUGCCCAUCCUCCCUGCAAUCAAAGAGGGAGCCCUGACGUACCUUGUCUCAGUCCAGCUGCUCUGUGAAAACCUCUUUGAUCUUUCAGGCAUGAGGAUCGAGUUCCAUGAUUGUCUAGAGGAAGUUGCCCUCGAUUCUAUGGUCAGUACAAGAACGGCAGAAAUGUGGGAAACCGCAGCGAAGAAGCAUCCCAAGAGACCAAAAGUUGUGUUUCUCAAAAGGAUUGAUCCGAGCGAACCCUAGUCCGCUGUGAAAUACGUCGCGGCGGAUGGGCCAACACGUGAGAAAUGCAUAGUCGAUUCGCCUCAGUCAGGUUCAACGAGCAAACACGAUUCAUUUCUGAAGAAGACGGUUGAUUCAGAACCCCCUCGGGCUGCAUCCGAGCUGUCCAGUGCUGCGAACGGCACGAUGCCUCCUUCUGCAAGCAUAUGUUGAAGCAUGAAGACGACGCCAUUGUUGUGAUCGAUGCUCCCAAAGGUGCAGGAGGACCUGUUGGCGUCGUUGUGCACUGCAGCAGGACCUGCGGGCAACGACUUGUGCAUGGAGUACUAUGCAUGGGGAUGCAGCUUUUCUUGUGUUUUCUCGGGCAGAAGUCGUUGCUGGGGUUCACCAUGCAAUGCAGGCAGACCAUUGUAGAAAACCAUACCUGAUCGGCGGUCCGACCGGAAAAAUCGUGAACCGACGCCUUGUCUGUUUUUUUAGAUGCAUUGGUCUUUUAUAAAAACCAAACAAAUAUUCAUAAAAUGGUGCAUAAACUCGGGAUCGAACCCUUGACCUUGCAUGGAUUUUGUCCCCCCUGCAUCUCUG